UGAAUAUUAUUUGUUUUAUGAUUAUCUAAAUGAUUAUCUAAAAAUCACAUAUAUUACAGCUUAGCAAGACUAAUUUUAAUUAUUGAAGUUAGUUAGUCUGAAUAUUUUAUUAUUUAUAAAAUUAGUCUACAUCAGUACUACAAAAUAUUUAGUUAUAUAAAAUUUUAGAUGUUUAAUAAUUUAUGUAUUUUUUUUAUAGGUGGGAAUAUAAGUCUUUGUAAUGGACUCUCAGGACAGACACUUGUUCAUGAAGCUGUAGAAGGCAUUCAGGAACAGAGUUUUGAUGUUUUCUGCAAUAUUCUUCAUAUCUUAAUACAGCGUGGCUGCAAAUUAAAUGUUGAGAGCUUCACGCCUGGUGAUACACCAUUAUAUCGUGCUAUUUUGUUGGACAAAUUUAUAUUUGCCGAAGAACUGAUUCGAAAUGGUAGCGAUGUAAAUAUGGGUAACUUAUAUUCAUGCAAUAUUGACAAUCUGUGCUUAGCACGACGAAAGAAUCAUUUUCAUACAGUUAAAUUACUGGUCUAUGCAGGAUUUUAUCUUCAUAGAACUCCUUGGCUCGAAAUCCUUCCUUCUCCAUUUCCCCACAAUUAUACCAUUCACAGUAUAAAAGGUUGGCUAAUUUACAUGAAAGGCAAUCCAAUGAACCUCGUUGAUAUCUGCCGGAUUGUCAUAAGGCGGAAACUGGGAGAAAACCUAGCUUUUAAAGUGAAUAAACUGCAGUUUCCAUUGCAUUUGAAAAGAUUUCUACUCCUUCAAGAUAUAGCUGCAGAGAGAGAUCCCAUUCCCAUCCUAGAUUCUAACAAUGCAAAUGUCAGCAUGAGAUGACAUUCCUAUCCGGGUUUAAACAAUUGAUAGUCAACAAAUUUUUGUUCCUGUUUCAUAGUAGAUACCUCUGACAGUAGUUAUAUACUUUUGGAAUAGGAAAAAUAAUAUAUGUUAUCACACCAGUAAUAUUUAUUCAAUGAUAUACUGAUCCUUCAAACUGUUGACAAAAUAAUUUUUCAACGUUUUGAUAUCCAGAAUUUGAGAAUUAUAUUUUGAGACACAAAACAAUUUAUUGGUGCAACUAGUACUGUAUAUAGUUUGAAUCUAAAACCAAGUGAUCAUAGCAACUAUUACUUAAAAAAUUUGCUACUUUUUUCUAAUGUAUAAGAAUAAUAUGUUAGAGAAUAUGUGAAAAGCCAGGAUUAUUAAACAGACACUGUUAAAAUUAGCACAUAAUAUUGCUUUUCCUUUCUCUCUCCUGUUGUGCUAUUUUCUGCAUCCAGUAUUAAGGUUUCCUAGAUAGAUGAUUAUUUUUAUUAUUUGCACAGAAAAAAAUUACUGAAAUAUGCACAUGCACAGUUUUAUAGUACAGAAUGAGAAAUCCAAUCAGGAAUUUGCAAAUGUUACAAUUUCAUUUCAACACUCUUUACACUAAUAUUUUUAUAAAUAUUAUUAAUAUGUCCUAACUUAAAACUGCAGAUUUAUAAAAUAAAAUCAAACAAAUAGCUUGAUGUGCACUAAGAAAGAAUUUUGUUUUGCAUAUUUUUCUAAUACAAAAUUUCAAUAUUCUAUGUACAUAUACUGGAAUUUAAAACAUUGGAAAAUAUAUUACAUAUACAAACACAUAAAUGCAAUAGGUAUCAGACAAUUUACUUUUUCACUAUCCGCUACUUAAAAUCCACAUUAAUCCAAUUAUCAUCAUCGUACCUUGACAUGUCUACCAUAAGUCAAUUUGGAUUGCAAAAUGCUAUAUUUUAAAAUAUUUUAGAUAGUUUUUAUUUUAUCUAAUAUAUAUGAAAUUUUAAAGUAUUUUUGUCAAAGAUUAAUUAGCAUUUAAUAUUAAAAAUGGGUAACCAUUAUAUUCAGCAAAAUGUUUGAAUGUACUCCAAAGAGAGGAAUCUCUGUUAGAAAAAUCCUCGGCUGAGUUAACUAGUAUUGAUUGUUUCAAAUGUCACAAUGCAAAUUUUAAAAAAUGUAUAUGGCACAUGUUAAAUUAGCAAUAUUCAAAUGUUGCUUGAGUUAAUUGACUGUUUUAGGAAAGAACUAAAGUUAAUGAUAUGAGAAACGAUUGCGUAAUCAUAUUAAAGUUUUAUAAAUUUCAAAAUUUUGAACAUGUUUUGGAAAUAUAUAUAAAUAUAUAUACAUAUAUAUACACAUACAUAUUCAUGCAACCAUUCUGUGUGCAAAUUUAAUGAUCAAUUGCAUACCUCUAAUGAUUUUAAAUGUUUAGAACAUAUUUUAUGCAAACUACAUAUAAUUUGUCAAGACUUUUUCAACUAGAAGAUGUGAUGUAUUGUGCCAAUAAGCUCAAAUGUAUAAAAAUGAUACAUUUGAGCUUUUUUUUUUUUACCUAAUAAUAAGUUUGAGUACAAUGUAUCUUCAAACUUAUUAUCAGUUAACAUUUCUAUAAUUCGUCACAUCUGUCUGUUAUAAAGUAGCCUUUAUAAAUGACUCAUAAAGUUGAUUAAAUCAAUUGUUUGUGUCUCACUUCUCAAAAAAAAAUAUAUAAUUAUAUUAUAAUUUAGUCUGUGUAAAUGUAACAAAUUUUAUACCAGAACAGAUUUAGUUGAAAUUAACGAUAGUUUUAAAAGAAAAAUUUUUAUUUACUUAAUUUAUGCUUAAAUUUAAUUAAGCACAUUAUCCAUAUCAUUCAUAUAUACAGUAUAAUAUAUAUAUGUAUACAUCUUAUACAUUUGCAUAUAUAAUUUAUAUCUGUCUCUGAACCCCUCUAGUCAAAUCUGACAAAUAUUUAUGUUCCUGUCUUAAAAAUCAUUUAGUUUUAUAGUAUUUAGAAUAGUUUGUUAUAAAUAAUCUUAUAACAGCUGUUCAGAUAGAUCAAUUAGCAUAUUAAUUAAGUAAAUCUUAAAUAUUAGUUUAAAAUUUUUCCUACUGUGAUAAAUCUGCUUUCAAAACUUGUACCAAAUAUUUCUAUUUUUCCCUUUCUUUUUUUCUAUGGACUGUUUUUUUUUCUGGUUAAUCCAAUAUUUUUAUUAUGUAUAUAAUUGUCAUGUAAAUCAAUGUAAAUUUAUAUUGUAUAUAUAAAUAUAUAUACACACUAUUUAUACACAUUUUACUAAAAUGUGUAUGUAAACUGUGCUCAUGUUGGUUUGUUUAUAAUCAAAUUUUACAAUUUCUCUUCUGUCAAAAGAGAAGAAACCAUACAUUUUAUUUAGAAUUAUUUUUAGUUUUUUUUGUAAUAAAAAAAAUGUAUGAUUUUAAUUGAAAGUAUUGUGAAUAUAAAUUCAACUGUGAUAGCUUUGUAGGGGUUGAGGAGUACAAAUUUGAAAAGAUUAAAAUCAUUUAAAAACAAAUCUUUGUUUUCAUU